AUGGCACCAUUCGGCACAAUCUACUCCUACCAGCCCAGCCCUCGGGUCAUGAAGGCCCAAGCGGCAGCCAACCUGAACGGCCUGGAGCUCUCAGUCCCAGCCUUCGCCAUGGGCCAGACCAACCGAACCCCAGACUUCAUCUCCAAGUUCCCACUCGGCAAGGUCCCGGCCUUCGAAGCCGCUGAUGGCACAACCCUCUUCGAGUCCGACGCUAUCACACAGGACAUCGCCGAGAGCGGUCCCGCUGCCGAUCAGCUGGUCGGCGCUACCCCGGCUCAGCGCGCCACUAUCCGUCAGUGGAUCUGCUAUGCUCAGGGUGAGAUUCUCGACCCAGUGACUCAGAUCGCUUUGUGGCGUCUUGGUCUUCGUCCUUAUGAUGAGAAGACUGAGACUUCCAACCUUGAGCGUUUGAACCGCUCGCUUGCUUGCUUGGAGACUUACCUUCAAGGCCGUACUUGGUUCGCGGGUGAUAAGCUUAGCUUGGCUGAUAUCACUGUUGCCUCGGCUUUGGUUUGGGGCUUCUCUAUGGCUAUUGAUAAGGAGAUGCGCGAGAAGUACGCAACUGUUGUUGCUUGGUACGAGCGCACUAUCGAGGCUGAGGGUGUCAAGCAGGCGUUCGGUGAGAAGAAGUACAUCGACGAGCGCUCUGCUCCUCCUUCCUAA